AUGACAACCGACAUGGAAAUUGAUGAAAUUGAAAAGAAAGACGAGAAAGAAGAAGAAAAUGGAAAAUUGGAUGAAACAAAUGAAAAAACUCAACACGAUUCAGAUCUUUCAACAUUCACGAAAAUUUAUUUGUUUUAUUUUAUUUUAGAUCUAAAAGAAUGGUGCACUCAACUCGAAAAAGGUGAAAUUCAUGUUAUACCGAGAAUGAUGCAACUUUUACCGAAAACUCGUAAACAAAUUAACAGCAAUAUUCUUCAAAAAGUUAUUAAUACGCAACUUCAUAAUUCGCCGAAAAGUCGAGAAAUGUUGUUGAAAUUACUACUUCAACCUCAGUCUGCUGUUACUACAUCUGAUUCAACAAAUUCGCCUCAAAUUACUACAUCUUUGAGCGAUAAUAUGGCGAAAAGUCGCUCACCAAGAAAUACUCGUCGUCAAAUUAAUGCCGCAAAUGUACAGCCAUGCGCAGAAGUUGAAAUAUAUAUUCAUCUUCUUCUUCUUGUGUAUUUGAUGGAUCAAAAUGAAUUACUGGCUGCUAAAAAGUGUGCUGCUAUAACAAUCGGCCGCUUGGAUUCAUAUGAAAAACGUUCACUCGAUUCAUUGGCUGCCAAAGUCUUCUUUUUUUUGUCACUUAUAUAUGAGAGAGCAGGCAGGCAAUCUUGUUUGCGAUCGGCUCUGAACUCUCGGUUAAGAACGGCGACUCUCAGACGACAUAGUGAUUCUCAAGCAGUUUUAAUUAAUUGCCUUUUACGAAUAUAUUUGCAAGAAAAACAAUAUCAAGCUGCAGCGAAGCUUGUUUCAAAGAUAACAUUUCCUGAAGGUGCCUCAAACAACGAUCUUGCAAGAUUUCUAUACUAUCAAGGACGAAUAAAAGCUAUGCAGUUAGAUUAUACAGCCGCUGCUGGAUAUUUUAUGCAAGCCAUGCGUAAAGCUCCUCAAGAUUCUGCCAUCGGUUUUAAACAAAAUGUACAAAAAUGGGUUGUUGUUAUUAGUCUUUUGCAAGGUGAAAUACCUGAACGGUCUGUUUUUCGAGUUCCAAUUCAUAGAAAAACAUUAAUGCCUUAUCUAGAACUCACUCAAAUGUUUAAUCAUGUCCUUGAUAAACAUGCGAAAGGCGUUUUUGAACCUGAUGAAACACUUACUCUGAUCGUAAGACUACGACAGAAUGUAAUCAGAACAGCACUGCGUCAGAUUAGUACUGCAUACUCUUGCAUUUCGAUAUCGGAUAUUCGCAAGAAAUUGCUUCUUCAAACCGAUCAAGAAGCUGAAUAUCUUAUUGCUAAAGCAAUAAAAGAUGGGAAUAUUGAAGCUGUAAUAACAUCAGAUUCGAGUAUCAAUGGUAGAUUCAUGCAAUCCAAAGAAACUGAAGACAUCUAUCGUACAGUGGAACCACAGUUUCACUUUGAUACUCGUAUACGAUAUUGCUUGGAAUUGCAUAAUCAAGCAGUGAAAGCUUUGCGUUAUCCUGCGAAAUCUACCAAGGGCAUAGUCGAAUCAAUUGAAGAACAACGCGAACGUGAAGAACAGGAAUUGGAACUUGCAAAAGAAAUGGCUGAAGAUGAUGAUGAAUUUUAA